AUGAGUAUUGAGGCAACUGGAACAUUGCUCAUUGGAGCUUCGGUUGAGUGGGAGAAUAUCGAUAUCUUGAUUGAUCUUGUCAACUCUGGUAACAGCCACACCAACGAUCUUACCCCUGUCUUCAAGCACACGGCCGGAGCCACUGGUGAGCUCAAAAUGGAGGCAUCUCUGGGCCUUCUGGCUAGUGUUGGUGUCGAGCUCAAGCUUCUAUCCAGAUUAUGGGAGGCCAAGAGAGGAGUUGUCGACACGCCGUCAGUUGUUCUUGAGGGCAGCUUCGAGAUGAGCGCGACAGUUACUGACGACGGUGAGAACCUAGCUAAUAUAGAUGGUGAUUGCUACGGAAUUGCUUGGAACAUCCAUUUCGAGAACUCCUUCAAUGCGUUUGUCACAAUUGGUAAGAGUACAACGACGAUCCCUCUGGUAGAUCCUCUCAAGAGUGAUCCUAUUGCGCAAGGUUGCAUUGGCUACAUCAAUGACGGAACUAGUGAUGAUGGAUCUGAUGAUGAGGGUGGUCUAUUCGCUGAUUGUGUUGGGUCACAACCGGCGCCUGUCUUUUAUUCAACAUCCAAGAAGAAGACUGGCAAGAAGGCCGACACUAAGUCCACUAAACAGAAGGGCACCGCUCAGAGCAAGUCCAGUAGCAGUGAUAAGACGGCUACCUCGAACAAGAAGCCCAAGACAUCAACUACCGACAAGAAACCUACCAACACCAAGACUAAGAAGCCGACCAGAACCUCUAGCGUUCUGACAGCCACUACCAAGAACACCAAGUCUACCCAAGCUGCGAACAAGAAAGUCAAUCCGACCAAAGCAUCCAUAACGUCCAAGAAGGCUUCUCCAGCAUGUAAUCCCUCGGCUAUCACCAACAUCAAGACCCCUCCACGUUCAGUUUGCAAGAGAAAUGUGGCAAAGGCUCGUGUCCCCUCCAAGUCCAUUAUUGUUGUAGCUUCUUCUGUGAAGAGCUUGAGCACUUGCACCGAGAUCUGCUUGAAGAGUAAGCAGUGUAUGAGUUUUGGAUAUGGUGAGGAUAAGACGUGUCAACUCUAUGGGAAGAACUUCAAGAGUCUUGGAGUCACAUUUGGGAGGGGGAAGCAGAGUUCGUUGUUUUGCGAUAGGAAAUGCUAUGCGUAUAGCGAAUGUUCCAAGUAG